CUUUAAUAGUUUUCUUUUCUCGGACAAAACAAUAAAUAAAAAGAACACACUUUUUUUAUCUUUUGUCCUUAGGAUUUGAUUGUACAUACAUCUGAUCUCAAGUGAUUUCAAGUGGUUGGUUCUGUUCCUUUUCUCGUCCCCGAUCAAGUUUCUUCUCCUAAACUCCAGAAUUUGGUCUUGAAGAUCUCUAAAGGCUCUUCCUUUUUGUUCAUUUCUCUACCCAGAUAUGUAAGUUGCUAGCUUCUUCUGUCAUAACUUUAAUAUCUGAAUCUUUUUCCGAUCCAAAUAGUCAAAUAUUCGCAUCUAGGUCAAAUCGAUUCAAAACCCUUUUUGUUGAUUGAUGUGCUAAGUAGUUCUGAGUUGAUUAAGUCUAUCAGUUUAAGAGAAAAGGAUUGUGUAAGAUUAUGAUUCGUACAAGUUAGCUUCUUUCUUGAUUAGGUCCACUGUGAAUCAUGCACACGUUUAUGAGGAAGAUAUUAGAUUGUCGAUGGGUACAUACCUAAGUUCUCCGAAAACUGAAAAGUUAUCAGAAGAUGGUGAGAAUGAUAAGCUCAGAUUUGGUUUAUCGUCUAUGCAAGGUUGGCGCGCUACCAUGGAAGACGCGCAUGCUGCAAUUCUUGAUCUUGAUGAUAAGACAUCGUUCUUCGGUGUGUAUGAUGGCCAUGGAGGUAAAGUCGUUGCAAAGUUCUGUGCCAAGUAUCUACACCAGCAGGUUAUCAGUAAUGAAGCGUAUAAAACUGGAGACGUCGAAACAUCUCUUCGAAGAGCAUUCUUUAGAAUGGAUGACAUGAUGCAAGGACAAAGAGGAUGGCGAGAGUUAGCUGUACUUGGCGACAAGAUGAACAAAUUUAGCGGCAUGAUUGAAGGAUUUAUAUGGUCACCAAGAAGCGGUGACACCAAUAACCAACCCGAUAGUUGGCCUCUUGAAGAUGGUCCUCAUUCUGAUUUCACGGGACCUACCUCGGGGUGCACAGCGUGUGUAGCUCUUAUUAAAGAUAAGAAGCUCUUUGUUGCAAAUGCCGGUGACUCACGUUGUGUGAUAUCAAGAAAGAGUCAGGCUUACAAUCUUUCUAAAGAUCACAAGCCUGAUCUUGAAGUUGAAAAAGAAAGGAUAUUGAAAGCUGGUGGCUUUAUUCACGCUGGGAGAAUCAAUGGAAGCUUGAAUCUGACAAGAGCCAUUGGUGAUAUGGAGUUCAAGCAGAAUAAGUUUUUACCAUCUGAAAAGCAAAUGGUUACUGCUGAUCCAGAUAUAAACACUAUUGACCUAUGUGAUGAUGAUGACUUUCUUGUUGUUGCUUGCGAUGGAAUAUGGGAUUGUAUGUCAAGCCAGGAACUAGUUGAUUUUAUCCAUGAACAGUUAAAAUCUGAAACAAAACUUUCAACAGUAUGUGAAAAGGUUGUUGAUAGAUGUUUGGCUCCAGAUACAGCGACUGGUGAAGGUUGUGAUAAUAUGACCAUCAUCUUGGUUCAGUUCAAGAAGCCUAACCCAUCUGAGACUGAACCAGAAGAUUCCAAACCAGAACCAAGCGAAGAUGAGCCGAGCUCAUCAAGCUAGAUAUCUUUAAAGAGCCAAGAGGAAGAAGAUUUGUGAAAGUGUCUCUUUUAUCAUUGACUUUUUGUUCAACAUUGUAAAUCCUUUUGAAUGUGGCUUAGAUUCAAGAAGCUGGCUUUUUCCCAGUUUAGCUUCAAGAAGUCUGAGAUGUCACAGAGUUUGGUUUAAUCUUAAAAGGACCUUUGUAUAGAUAUUUCUUGUGAUUGAUGUUUUCAGCUAUAGUUUAAAAAAUUCACAAGGACAAGCUUUUUGUACCAACAUCAUGGGAUUUGUUUUCAUCAAAAUUGCUUCUUCUACUAACCUUGG